ACUCCUCUGUAAUGUAAUGUUUUAAUCGUAGCAGCUUGACAGUGUGGACUGCAGAGGGCAGGUUAGGUCAGUAAGGCUGGAGGGUUGCUUUCUGGGUUACUUUCCCUGAAUGGGAUUCUAUGAAGGGGAUUAUGGGGACCAGUCCAGGGCGACCUAGGGGUGGGAAACUAAAGGAUUGAUUCAAAACGCUGGACCUGGACUCCAUCAGAACAGGCACAGCUGCCCAGGAAUAAAGACCUUGUCGGCACUGAGACGAAGGCAGAGCUCUGACCCAGAAUGCAGUGUUGGGACAACCUGAUCAACACCCUGAGCUGUGUGCUAUUCCUGAUGGGAGUGAGCCACCUGGUGCGUCUGCCCCAGGCCCCCUACGGACGCUACCUGGACUUGGGGCUGUCCUCCUCCUCCUCCUCCUCCAUGCCCAGGAUGAUGCCUGCUAGGCUGGCCUGGUUCCUCCAGGAGCUCCCCUCUCUCCUGGUACCCCUGAUGAUGAUGACUACCACACCCAACCACACGGGGUCCAGCCUGCUACUGGGGACCUUUUGUCUGCACUACUUCCAGAGGACGUUUGUGUACUCGGUGCUGAUGCGAGGACGACCGUUCCCCCUCCGUGUGAUGAUAGAGGCGGGGGUGUUCUGCAGUCUGAACGGGUUCACACAGAGUCACUACCUGGUCCACUGUGCCCACUACCACCCCACAUGGACCUCUGACACACGAUUCCUCAUUGGUUCGACCCUGUUUCUCCUGGGAAUGGCUAUCAACGUCCACAGUGACUAUCUUCUACGGAACCUGAGACAGCCAGGAGAAGUCGUCUACAAGAUCCCUAAAGGUGGUCUGUUUCGAUACGUGUCGGGGGCCAACUACUUUGGUGAAAUUGUGGAGUGGUUUGGCUACGCCAUGGCAACCUGGUCGCUGACUACCUUCUCCUUUGCCUUCUGCAGUAUGUGCUUUAUUGGACGACGGGCAGUCCACCACCACAGGUACUACCGUGAGACAUUCCAUGACUACCCCAGGUCACGGAAAGCUCUGAUUCCAUUCAUCUUCUAAAGAACAGAUGAAGCUCCUGCAUUCCCAACCAUAGGACUGGGAGACCCCAAACAAGCUCUUUAGAUCGGGCUUGCAUUCCAAACAGCAUCCUAUUCCCUAUGUGGUCCUCUGUUCAAACGUAGUGCAUUACUUUAUGUUGGGAAUAGUGUGCCAUUUGGGACAAAGUCCAGAUAUGAUCAGAUGACCUGCAUAUAGACAGUAGAGAUCUACCUAGAUAUCUAGAUAUAGACAGUAUAUAUCUAGCUAGAUAUCUGCAUAUAGACAGUAGAGAUCUACCUAGAUGUCUACAUAUAGACAGUAUUUAUCUAGCUUGAUGUCCUGCAUAUAGACAGUAGAGAUCUACCUAGAUAUCUACAUAUAGACAGUAGAGAUCUACCUAGAUAUCUACAUAUAGACAGUAGAGAUCUACCUAGAUGACCUGCAUA